UGUGAAGCUAAAAACUAAAAGGUGUAAAGUCAAUACUCUCUCACAUUCCCAGAGUGAGUGAGCAAAAUCCCAAUCUCGCAAUAUUCCAAUUGGAAUAAUGAGUGGUGUAAGCAACAACCUAACAGCAAUACUGAAUUUCAUAGCAGUAUUGGCGUCGAUUCCAAUAAUAGCCUCGGGGAUAUGGCUGGCAUCAAAGCCGGACAACGAGUGCAUCCACAAUUUCCGGUGGCCAAUAGUAUUAAUCGGGUUCCUGAUCCUUGUGGUGGCACUGGCAGGCUUCGUGGGUGCCUACUGGAACAAGCAGGGUUUGUUGGCCGUUUACCUCUUCUUCAUGGCGCUCCUCAUCGCUGCACUCCUUGUUGUGCUUGUGUUUGCUUUUGUGGUUACAAGACCCGAUGGAAGCUAUGACGUUCCCGGAAGAGCCUACAAGGAGUACAGCCUUCAAGGCUACUCUUCUUGGUUGAGGAAUCAUCUCACCACUUCCGGGAGUUGGCAGAACAUAAGGACCUGUUUGGCUGAUUCUGAUGUAUGCAUUAAGCUUGCACAGAACUACAUUACUGCUGACCAAUUCUUCGCCUCUCACAUCUCUCCUUUACAGUCAGGGUGUUGCAAACCCCCGACAUCAUGCGGGUUCAACUAUGUGAGCCCCAUCAUGUGGACAAACCCUGUGAAUCAGAUGGCUGAUCCUGAUUGCUACGCUUGGAACAAUGAUCUGAGCCAACUCUGCUACAAUUGCAACGCCUGUAAGGCUGGUCUGCUUGGGAACCUUAGACAAGAAUGGAGGAAAGCAAACAUAAUAUUGAUUGUCGCUGUGGUGGUUCUCAUUUGGGUCUAUGUCAUUGCCUGCAGUGCCUUCAAGAAUGCUCAGACUGAAGACCUCUUCAACCGUUACAAACAGGGCUGGGUUUGAUUAAUUUCAUUCUCUCCUAUAAUAUAAUGUUUCUUUAGUGUAUAUAUAUUAUUAUUCUCUUUUCCGUCUUGUUCUUUUUGGCGCAUGGAGUUAUGAAAUGGUAUUAUUAUUAUUA